AUGGUCCGUUUGGAUCAGCGAGUGCUUCGAUUACUGGCUCCAGCUCUACCUUCCUACGGAAUCACCGCCCACUAUGCCCAGGAGUGUCCAGAAAACCCCGAGAUUAACCACAUUACGGUGGUCUGCCUCGAAAGGAAGAACUUUGGCGUGCUUUUCGACUACGGGCAAGCGUCCAAAGUUGUGGUGGAGACGAUGCUCUACGUGCUGGACAGGCAUCCGCCGCUCUCUUUGCCCCUCAUAUGGGAUGUACUCGACAACGAGAUCGAAAUAUCCUUCAACCAACCACUUACGACUCAGCUUCUUCGCGGGCUCAAUGAGUGGAAGAGUCAUGAACAGCCACUAGGGAUGUCAUUUGAUCUCUUCAGUGUCGAUGCCAACGCCUUCAUCCCCGCCUGCUUGCACGCGGUGCCCUUCCGCCUUCCUUUCCCUCUCAAACAUGUCCCCGUCUUUAAAGAAUCGAACGUAGCCCUCACUGAGGAUGCGGGGGACUAUUCACGCGGUCUCAAGCCCCUCGUACCGAUGUGUUCUAUGACGGCGAGUUUCAUGGCGUUCGAUUUCGUCUGGCCAAUGGAUGUCCCUAAUGCAACCAACAGAGCGAGCACGAGUCGUCAGGCUGUAGCAAACAGACGACGACCUCAGAUCGUGCUCGGGAAGACGAGGCAAGAACUGUAUUGGCAUACCUGUAGCAAACAGACGACGACUACGAAAUCGUGCUCGGGAAGACGAGGCAAGAACUGA